AUGAGCUCCUACUUCAUCGUCAGGGAUUUGAUAGGUCCUCCGCGUCAUGGUGUCAAAAACGCCCUUUACAAGCCCUAUAGACAUAGGCUCAAGGCAAUGGCUAAAGACUCCUUCUGCAUUCUACAUUACAAUCCAGUUCUGAAGGUUAUAUACGACGAGGAUGAAGAGGAUGGUACACCUUGUCUUCUUAUGAUCUUCAAAAACGAGUUUGCCUUAUCUCUUGAUGAGGAAUUAUCGUUCCUAAAAUCGCGAAUCAGAAGGAGCCGGCAUCUUGGUUACUUCCGCAUUGAUGCGAUAGCGCCUCCGAGAAGAAACCUAAGGGGAAUCUUUGUGGAGCGUGAUAUCCGAUAUCAAGGCACGCCACCGGAAACUUUGGGUCGGUCGGAAGAAGAGUCAGAUUAG